AUCUGGGUGUUUUGGUUGUGGAAGCUUUAGAUCAAUAUUAUUCAAUGGCGGUGAAACUCUUCGUUGUUGCUCUCUUCUCAGCAUUGUGUAUUCUCUUCCCUAUGGCUUCAGCCAAUUCCACUGACUUCCAAUAUUGCAAUAAGAAGACGGAUUAUGUUGUUAAGGUCCGUGGAUUGGAUAUCACACCUUACCCUGUCAAAGGAGGUAAAGAGACAACUUUCAGUAUAGCUGCGACUACAGAUGAGAAUAUCAGUGGCGGAAAGUUAGUUAUUGACGUCAAGUACCUAUUCCUUCACGUUCACAAGGAGUCUCAUGACAUUUGUGAAGAGACAUCUUGCCCUGUGUCGGGUGAUUUUGUGAUUUCUCACUCUCAAGCCUUGCCCGGAAUCACUCCUCCGGGUUCGUAUACUCUUACGAUGAGAAUGUUAGACGGAAGCAAUCGCGAACUGUCUUGCAUAACCUUUGGCUUCAGUAUCAGUUUAAUCACGGAAUCAAAAGCAGUAGCAGCAGAUAUGUAGUUAAGUUUAUGCUGAUCUGCAAAUCAUGUAAAUAAAUUUGCCUACUUUUUCAAGCGUUCGUCCCCAAGUUUACUGGUUUUAGGUCUUAUGUGUAAUAAAAAGACUUGCCGAUGUGUUUUGGCGCUGAUCUAAUGUUAUCAUCACACGAACACGAUCUUGCACUUGAA